AUGAGGAUCCACACUGGAGAGAAACCAUUCACAUGCACUCAGUGUGGGAAGAGUUUCAACCGAUCAGAACACCUUAAUGACCACAUGAGGAUCCACACCGGAGAGAAACCAUUCACAUGCAUUCAGUGUGGGAAGAGUUUUAACUGCUUAUCAAACCUUAAUAAACACACGAGGAUCCACACUGGAAAGAAACCAUUUACAUGCACUCAGUGUGGGAAUAGUUUCAGCUGCUCAUCAAGCCUUAAUCAACACAUGAUGAUCCACACUGGAGAGAAACCAUUCACAUGCACUCAGUGUGGGAAGAGUUUUAUCCGCUCAUCAUCCCUUAAACUACACAUGAGGAUCCACACUGGAGAGAAACCAUUCACAUGCACUCAGUGUGGCAAGAGUUUCAUCAAAUCAUCAUCCCUUAAACUACACAUGAGGAUCCACACUGGAGAUAAACCAUUCACAUGUACUCAGUGUGGGAAGAGUUUUAGUCAAUCAUCAUCCCUUAAUCACCACAUGAGGAUUCACACUGGAGAGAAACCAUUCACGUGCACUCAAUGUGGAAAGAAUUUCAUCAAAUCAUCAUCCCUUAAUCACCACAUCGGUAUUCACACUGGAGAUAGACCCUUCACAUGCACUCAGUGUGGGAAGAGUUUCAGCUGCUCAUCACACCUUAAUCACCACAUAAGGAUCCACACUGGAGAGAAACCAUUCACAUGCACUCAGUGUGGGAAGAGUUUCAGCUGCUCAUCACACCUUAAUCACCACAUAAGGAUCCACACUGGAGAGAAACCAUUCACAUGCCCUCAGUGUGAAAAGAGUUUUAGCAAAUCAUCAUCUCUUAAUCAGCACAUGAGGAUCCACACUGGAGAGAAACCAUUCACAUGCACUCAGUGUGAAAAGAGUUUUAACUGCUCAUCAAACCUUAGUAAACACAUGAGGAUCCACACUGGAGAAAAACCAUUCGUAUGCACUCAGUGUGGGAAGAGUUUUAUCAGCUCAUCACACCUUAAUCUACACAUAAGGAUCCACACUGGAAAGAAACCAUUCACCUGCACUCAGUGUGGAAAGAGUUUUGGAAGAAAAGGCUAUCUUAAGAUUCACAUGAGGAUCCAUACUGGAGAGAAACCAUUCACAUGCACUCAUUGUGGGAGGAGUUUCAACCGAUCAUCAUCCCUUAAUCUACACAUGAGGAUCCACACUGGAGAGAAACCAUUCACAUGCACUCAGUGUGGGAAGAGUUUCAGCCAAUCAUCACACCUUAACAAUCACAUGAAAAUCCACACUGGAGAGAAACCAUUCACAUGUACUCAGUGUGGGAAGAGUUUCAACCAAUUUUCAUACCUUAAUCUACACAUGAAGAUUCAUACUGGAGAGAAACCAUUCACAUGCACUCAAUGCGGGAGGAGUUUCAACCGAUCAUCAUCCCUUAAUCUACACAUGAGGAUCCACACUGGAGAGAAACCAUUCACAUGCACUCAGUGUGGGAAGAGUUUUAACCGAUCAUCACAUCUUAACAAUCACAUGAAAAUCCACACUGGAGAGAAACCAUUCACUUGUACUCAGUGUGGGAAGAGUUUCAGCCAAUCAACAUACCUUAAUAAACACAUGAGGAUCCACACUGGAGAGAAACCAUUCACAUGCACCCAGUGUGAGAAGAGUUUCAACCAAUCAUCUUCCCUUAAUAAACACAUGAAAAUCCACACUGGAGAGAAACCAUUCACAUGCACCCAGUGUGGGAGGAGUUUCAACCAAUCAUCACACCUUAACAGUCACAUGAAUAUCCACACUAAAGAGAAACCAUUCACUUGUACUCUGUGUGGGAAGAGCUUCAGCCAAUCAUCAUCCCUUAAUCUACACAUGAGGAUCCACACUGGAGAGAAACCAUUCACAUGCUAUCAAUAUGGGAAGAGUUUCAGCAAAUCAUCACUUUAUAGACACAAGAAGAUCCACACCGGUAAAAAAACAUUCACUUGCACUCAGUGUGGGAAGAGUUUUAACUGCUCAUCACACCUUAAUCAACACAUCAGGAUCCACACUGGAGAGAAACCAUUCAGAUGCACUCAGUGUGGGAAGAGUUUUAACUGCUCAUCACACCUUAAUGAACACAUGAUGAUCCACACUGGAGAGAAACCAUUCACAUGCACUCAGUGUGGGAAGAGUUUUAGCAAAUCAUCGUCGCUUUAUAGACACAUGAAGAUCCACACUGGAGAGAAACCAUUCACUUGCACUGAGUGUAGGAAGAGUUUCAGCCAAUCAUCAUCCCUUAAUGUACACAUGAGGAUCCACACUGGAGAGAAACCAUUCACAUGCACUGAGUGUGGGAACAGUUUCAGUAAAUCAUCAUCGCUUUAUACACACAUAAAGAUCCACACCGGAGAAAAACCAUUCACUUGCACUGAGUGUGGGAAGAGUUUCAUCCAAUCAUCAUGCCUUAAUGUACACAUGAGGAUCCACACUGGAGAGAAACCUUUCACAUGCACUCAGUGUGGGAAGAGUUUCAUCCACUCAUCACACCUUAAUCAACACCUUAUGAUUCACACUGGAGAGAAACCAUUCAAAUGCACUCAGUGUGGGAAGAGUUUUAGCCAAUCAUACCUUAAAAAACACAUGAAGAUUCACACUGGUGUGAGAGAGUAUAUGUGCUUGGAGUGUAAGAAGACUUUUAUUACAGCUGCAGAAUUGAAACGGCACCAGAGGAUUCACACUGGAGAAAAACCGUACAAGUGUUCACACUGCAGUAAGAGGUUUACUCACUCAGGAACCCUGAAAACACAUGAGAGGAUUCACACUGGAGAGAAACUGUACAAGUGUUCACACUGCAGUAAGAGGUUUGCUCACUCAGGAACCCUGAAAGCACAUCAGAGGAUUCACACUGGAGAUAAACUGUAGACGUGAUCAGUGUGUAUUAGGGUUGGUUACCGAAACCCGGUGCCAUUUUAGCACCGCUACCUUGGUAACUGGUAUGUAUCGGUAUUAAAUCAGCAUAUGAAUUUCGGUGCUUAAUUUCGGUGCUGCAACA